AUGUUUCUCUCUCUGUUUCUCCUCAUCUUUGCGCAGCUCGCGCGACCCGUUCUUUCUCAAUUACCGUUGCCAAACACGCCAUGGAUGCCCCCAGACGCAUCAUCCGGUGCGGAGCGCUCGUCCGAGCAAAGCACUCCUAAUACACAAUGGACGACGCUCCUCGGCAAUCUCCUGUAUUUCUACGAGGUGCAGCGCAGUGGCAAACUCCCAAGUAAUAAGCGCGUUCCAUGGAGGAACGACAGCUCCUUGGACGAUGGCAAGGAUGUAAAUUUGGACCUGACUGGUGGUUAUUACGACGCCGGCGACUAUAUCAAAUGCACAUUCCCAUUCUCUUUAACACUCAUGUCCGUUUGCUGGGGCGCCAAUGAUUUUGGGCAAGGAUACGACAUGGCAAACCAGACAGCAUACCUGGACGACAUGCUCAGAUGGGGAUUGGAUUGGCUCAUGAAGGCUCACCCAUCACCCAAUACCUUGUUCGUCCAAGUUGGCGAUACUGAAAUUGAUAAUGAUUACUGGGGCGGCGAUCUCAACAUCCCCUUGCCUCGCCCUUCAUACCAGAUCAACGCGACGAACCCCGGCACCGAUGCCUCCGCUGGCGCCUCUGCUGCAUUCGCUGCCUGCUCAAACCUCUACGCCAACCGCAGCCUUAGCACCAACGGCGCUUUCUCAGCUCCUGCCUCUCUUCAAAAUGCCACUUACGCUUCCCUUCUGCUCAACCACUCCCAAGCGCUCUACUCCUUCGCCACAGGGACGACGCAGCAAACGUACCAGACAGGGAUACCGCCUGUUGGCGAGGCGUACCCGUCCACAGCAUAUGGCGAUGAGCUCGCCAUCGCCGCGCUCAUGCUCGCGUGGGCAACGGGCUCAAGCGAUCUAUACGCACAGGCUGAGACGUACUACACACAGUUCUCCCUUGGCGGGCAGGAUGUCGUGUUCGAUUGGGACUCGAAGACGCCCGGAAUCGCCGUGCUCUUUGCACAGCUUGCACAGGCAGACCCGACCCUUGCCGGAAACCUAUCAUCUUGGCAGUCUGAGGCGGAGCGUUACUUUGAUCGCAUCGUCGACGGAACUGGGCGAGGACGCCUGACCAAAGGAGGGCUGCUGUGGUAUGAUGGGGAUUCAGAUAACAACUCUUUAAACCCGGCGCUGAACGCCGCCAUGCUCCUCACACGAUAUGCACCACUGGCAACGACCUCGGACAAGAGGUCAUCGUACCUGGCGUUUGCCAAAGGCCAGGUCGACUACGCCCUCGGCAAAAACCCGAUGUCAGCGCCCUACGUCGUCGGCGUGAACCCAAACGCACCCACAAACCCGCAGUCCGCAAUGGCGAGCGGCGGGUCGGACAUCAGCGCCGUCGACACUUCGCCUCCCGAAGAAGCGUACGUGAUAUACGGCGGUGUCGUCGGCGGACCAGACACGCGCGACCGCUUCUUCAACAUCCGGAGCGACUGGGUCGAGACGGAGGUCGCUCUGGACUACAAUGCCCCUCUACUCACGCUCACGGCUGCGCACGUCAUGGGCGACACCGCUGAUCCGUACUACACGCGCCUCCAGGCUGGCGCGUAUGCCGCGGUCAAGCCGCAAGGCCGCCCGUGUGACAACGCGCUCACUUGCCAUGGCGGGCUUUCGCGUGGCGCGAAGAUCGCGAUAGGUGUCGUGGUGAGCAUAGUCGGGCUUCUGAUCAUCGGACUGUCUAUCUGGUUCGUUCGCCGUAUGCGGAGGGGCGGUUCCAUUUUGAGGCGUAAGUUUUGAGGCAUGGUGCAUUUCAACGAAGACCGAUUGUUUGAGGACAAUGGAUGAUAUCGGACGCUUCUGCACUCCUUGUUCAGGAAUUGUUCGUGUUGUAUAACUUUAUAAUACUAGCUUUUGGACAAUGAAUGCCAUCGCUAGCUCUGAGGCGCUGAAAGCUC